ACCAAUCCAAAGCCAGGAAGUCGGAGCAUGUUGGAUUACAUUACCAAGAUGGCGCCGGCGGGCAGCGUUCUUGGAUACCGGACACAACAUUGAUUUUGAGACCAGGCUGCUGAAAAACUGAAGAUCAGAGAUGGGGAAGAAGAAGAAGGGAGGAGGAAAGAAGGGGAAGAAGGGAAAGAAGAAGUCAGGAAAGGGAGGAGGAGAAGAGAACAUGACACUUCGAGAGGCCAUCCUGGCAUUCCAGAUUGAGGUGAAAAACAAGGCUGUGGAAGAGUUUGUAGCAGAAAUCAACGGUCUGGAGGACAAAAACAGACGCCACAAAGAAAGGAAUAACCGUCUUAAGGAUGAGCAGGCCCUGCACAUCCGCACCCUCCUUAAGCAGGCUAAGGAGAGAGAUAAGGAGCUGGAGCAGGAGACGGUGGUCGGCAGGGAGAAGGUGGACUCUACCAUGAAGGACAAGUGGAAGGCCAUCAGGAACGAGGACAAGUCUGUGGAAGACCUUAAGACAGAGAUAGAGGAGAGAGAGAAGGAGUUAGCAGACCAGACGAAGGUAGUUGAGUACUGGAGGAAGUACCGGGACGAGGGACAACAUGAACACGCCAAACAGAUCAGACUGCUGGAGCAGGAGCUACAGGACAUGCAGGUGAAUUUUGAUGAGAUGGCGAGUCACCUCCAGCGGUCCUUAGACCUGGCCAAAGAGAAGAUCUCCAACUACAUGGACCUGACCUUACAGCAGCAGAGGGAGAAUGCCUCCGAGAGAGCCAUGACCCACCUGGACAAACACAGUGCUCAGGAGGUCAAGGAUAAUGACUGGCUGAAGCAUGAGGCUGAGCUCCACAGAGAGGAGGUGCGAACCCUGCGGAAGUUUGUGGAAGUUCUGGAGAAGGAAAACCUGACCAUUCUCAGUCAGCUGUUCGAGUGCAGGAUAGAGGACCUGAAAAUAUCCAGGAACUUCUACCUGACCCAGUUCAGUGACAGCGAUGCGUUAGACGACCAGACAGGGAUGCUGGAGAUGGACCUGGCACAGCUGGCCAUCGGGAAAACUCCUGUGGACAAACUCAGGCCAGACUACGGCAGUGAGUCAACCAGCUCCGCAGGCUCAGACAGAAGGUCCCGACCACGUAGUGCUGUAGUCAGGGCUGUGGAGGAGAGAGUGUUCGCUAUCAAGGCUCGAGGAGAGGAGGGGGAGUCUGACUCAUCUGAGGAAGAGGAGGAGGAAGGGGAGGAGGUCUUCGCUGAACACACAGACGGGAGGGACAUGGACGUCUUAGACAACUACCUGUUCUUUGAGGAGGAGGAUUUUGAGGACUACCUACAGCUUGGUCCUUUGGAACUGAAGCUGCUGAAUGUGACAGGCACUAAGAAACCCCUGCACCGGCCAGCUAAGCCCAGCCAGGAGGACAUAGCAUCCGGGCUGACCGCCACGCCGGCUAGUCAGAAACGCUGGCCGGUCACACAGGAGAUGAUGCAAACUGUUCUGUCUGAAUAAACGUGUCGGUAGUAACAAACCUUUGGUACACCCAAGGACGUUGUUUUAGCUCCUUGGUACACCCUACAUGUAAGGAAUGUCUUUUAUUGUUAGGGUUACAUAGAGGUUGUCAUGAAGGCUAUUCUAGAAUGAAAGAACACUUGUUGUACAUGUUAGUCUUUAAAAUUGAUCUCAACUUGGAUUCUUAAUAUGAGUCACCCUUCUUAAAAGGUUCAUUAUGGCCAUUGAGUGAGUUAAGCAAGUACAAAAUUGUAAAUAGAAACACUAUUCUGUACACCUCUUAGCUGUAAUAAAAAAAAGAUCAGACAGCUAUGUCUUUUAUUCUUGUUCAGAUUUAAAGGUAGGAAUUUCUGGUUGUGAAUAUUGAAGUAAAAGUUGUAAAUGCCCUAUAGUAUCAAAACACAGAGAAUUACUUCACACAUAUAGAAGCCUUACAAAACUUAUGUAUAUAGUAGAUUACUGUAUGACAUUGUAUAUUUUAUCAGUCACACUUCAUUUGUAAAUCACAGAUUUCAGUAUGUUUUUUUCAGGUGAAGGUUUUGUGGAAACUAGGAAAGCCAUUGUCAUUAAAGCUUACACUUAAACAUUUCACAUUUGCCAUCUUCUCCAUGUAUUUCUUGUUGGAUCUGAUCUUAUCUAGCCAUUUUGAUAUUUUUCAUCUUUUAAGUUUGAUUCUGCUCCUCACUUUCUAAUACUGUACAACUAUAUGCAAGUACUAGAGAUACAUUUACAGCAUGUACUGUAUACUAGUAUGUAGAAGUUAUCAGGUUCAGUACCAUUGAUACCUCAUAGGUGGCGCUGCUAUACCGUAAACACCAUCGGUUUUCUGCAAGCUAUCUGGCCAAUAAACGAUACUUUUGAGGGGAUACGACGUAGACAGAACAAACCGUAUGGCAUGUGACGUUUACCACAGAAGUAUCUAUUCUUUCUGGACAUGUCCCGACCCACAACCAGCCCUAGUCAUUCUGCAAAGCUCACACACAAAGCUUCCAUUGUUUGCUGAGUACCAGCACGUGUACAUUGUUUCUUAAGUAGCGUCCUUGUACUUUCACCUGCACAUGUUUACAUGCACGUGUACCACAGUUCGUUGUCCCUAAGCGCCUCUGUGCUUUCACCUGCACAUGAUUAAA